AGAUAAUUAUCAAAACCUUCAUUGACAACACUUUCUUUUGUAAUUAAUCUGGCUACCGUUUUAGCAUCCAAUACAAUCCUUUCACGCACAUAGAGCCUGCGCAUUGUCCCAAUCCGACUCUACUCUAUCGACAAACAUCUUCUUCGGUCUACAACAAAAACAACCAUCGCAUACACUCAAACCCCUCUAUCUCUUUUCUUUCAAAAUGGAUCAAAGAGAACUUACUUCGCGGGUUUCAGCUCUUCAAAAGGCUAUCAAUGACAAAGAGCCCGCGGCGAACGUUAUUACCAUUAUGGAAACUCUGAAGAGAGAUGUAAAUGCCACGGAAGAACUUCUUAGGGUAUGUCUACAACCGGCUACAUUCCUAAACCAGCCCUCCGGGGUCUUUGUGUCUCCUUUAAAUCCUCAACACGCCGACUAAUAGAGCUUAUUCUCUAGGCAACCAAGGCGGGAAUGGUAGUUGCUAAACAACGAGGAAACGCGAACAAAGACAUUGCCAAGCUCGCAUCUGAAAUUGUCACUAAGUGGAAAAAAACUGUCGAAGCUGAAAAAGAAAAGCGCAAGGCAAAAAUAAUGGCAUCCGGAUCUUCCCCCGCAGUUCGCAGCAACGGUACUUCCUCUCCCGCAUCCGCGCCCAGCGCUCCAGUCACCAAAGCUUUCAAGGGUGAUUCCUCGAAGCGAAGAUGGGAAACUGAUAAAGUCGAUACAAAGCGUACGGGUCUUCCAACUCGAGAUGCUUGCAUUGGCUUGAUGUAUAAUGGUCUUGCUUUCAAAUGCGAGGAACCACCCACUCAUGUUAUCAUCAAGGCGAUGGCUGUUGAGCAGGCCGCAUUCGAUCAUUUCGGAGGCGAGACGAAGGAUUACAAAGAGAAACUUCGAUCCCUUUUUCAAAAUCUUAAGCAAGUAUCUAAUACACAGUUACGUAAGAGAGUUAUGUCUGGAGAUAUUGAACCAGCUCGGUUUGUGGUCAUGACGCAUGAGGAACUAAAGUCAGAGGAGAUGAAGAAGAAGGAUGACUUGUUGGAGAUGGAGAAUAUGAAGAAGGCUCAGGUACCAAUGGCAGAGAAGAGUAUUAGUGAUGCUUUAACAUGUGGAAAGUGUCAUCAAAAGAAAGUCAGCUAUUCACAAGCACAGACCCGCAGUGCAGAUGAACCUAUGACGACUUUUUGCGAAUGUCAAGUUUGUGGUCAUCGCUGGAAGGUAUGUAUUAUCCAAGUGUGUGAGAUUCACAGUCUGAUUAUUCUCCAGUUCUCUUGAUCGAGCAACACUCCACGAAAGUUUUUUUCUUUUCGAUUUCUCAUGGAUGGUUUGGGUUAAAGGAGUGCAUAGGUGAAAUUUUUGCUAUCAGGGUUAUUUCCAAGCAUGGAGUUUUAGUCGAAAUACCACCCACAAUCUCCUCUAGAUUGUGAGCCGUUUUCGCCGAUGAGAGUUCACAUAAUUGCAUUUGAGUAAAUGGAGAUCGAUGGGUGUAUGGCACGUGAUAAAUACAGAGCUCCUUGUGUUAACAUCAACUGAAUUGAUAUGAUAGAACUCUUGGUUCUCUUUCUGAUUCAUGAUUAUGUCGUUGUGAAAAGGGAAGGGUAAUCGUUUGUUUAAAAGAGGCAUAUAUAUAUAUAUACAAGAAAAUAAAUAAGGUUGGUA